AUGUUGAUCCGAACGUGGAUCGACCAUGGCCGUAAGAAAAAACUGUGUAACGCUCGACCAGCAUGGCAGUCGAUCGGAUAUCGUUUGAGCACCUAUAAAAGUUCAAUGCAAACGAUCGGCACUGAUCAACUAAUCGAUAUUCUUCAGGUUGAUACUGAAAAUCGCACGGUGACAGUGGAGCCGUGCGUCACAAUUGGGCAACUAUUAGACGCACUCAUUCCGAUGGGUUUCACGCUCCCGUUGGUGCCAACUUUCGACGACUUAACUGUUGGAGGCCUAAUCAAUGGUUGUGGUUUCGGCUCGAGUGGCCGUAAAUAUGGUCUUUUUCAACAUAUUUGUACAUCUUAUGAACUGUUGAUGCCUGACGGGUCUGUGAUUACGGCGAGUCAUAGCCGAAAAUCUGCUCAACCGUCCGAGAAUCACGCUCUCUUUUAUGGUGUACCAUGGUCAUGUGGAUCAUUGGGUUUCAUUGUUUCGGCAACACUGAAGAUCAUUCCAUGCAAGCCGUUCGUUAAACUCACCUAUAUUCCAUGUGACAGCAUUGAA